AUGCGUUCAGACGAUCAGGAGGAACACGAUUCUGUAAAAAUAGAGUUCAUUGAAGAUGACAGUGAGAACUGGAAUGAUCAAGAAGCCUUCGGACUAAAGCACGAAGACACUGAAGAACAAAACGAGCUGAUGGAAGACAAUAAGCAGAGUGAAGAACUCAAUGAAGUGGAGGAGAAACAUCACGUCAAACCUGAAGGAAAACAUUUGAGUUGCUCACAGAUUGAAAGUAAAUUUCCAUUGAAAAGAAACUUCACCUGCUCUCAGUGUGGAAAAACAUUCCCAUACAAAGCAAGUCUGACACGUCAUAUGAGCAUUCAUACUGGAGAAAAACCUUUCACAUGUGCUCAAUGUGGGAAGAGUUUCACAGAAAAAGCACGGCUUAUUGAUCACCUGAAAAUCCACACUGGAGAAAAGCCGCACACAUGUGAUCACUGCGGGAAGAGUUACCCAUCAAGAGGAAGUCUUAAAAAACACAUGUUAAUCCACGAAGAGAAGCAGCACAUGUGUGUUUACUGUGAGAAGAGUUUCACAAGAAAAGGAACCCUUAAUGAUCACAUAAAAAUCCACACCGGAGAGAAGCCGUACACAUGUGAUCAAUGCGGGAAGAGUUUCACAAUAAAAGGACGACUUAAUGAUCACAUGAAGAUCCACAGUGGAGAAAAGCCACACACAUGUGAUCAGUGCGGGAAGAGUUUCACACAGAAAGGAAACCUUCAUGAUCACAUGAAAAUCCACAGAGGAGAAAAGCCGCACGCAUGCCUUCAAUGUGGAAAGAGCUUCACGCAAAAGGGAAAUCUUAUGGAGCACAUGAGAAUUCACACAGGAGAGAAGCCGCACACGUGUGAUGAAUGUGGGAAGAGUUUCACACAGAAAGGAAGCCUUAAGAAGCAUCUGCUGAUCCAUACUGGAGAGAAGCUGCAGAGAAGUGCUCAGAAUGAGAAUAAUUUAUCAGACAAAGAACAUCCUAAUAAUCACAUCUACACUGGAGAAAAGCUUCAUCCCUGUGAUCAGUGCGGGAAGAGUUUCACACAGAAAGCCAAUCUUAAUGACCACAUGAGAAUCCACACCGGAGAAAAGCCGCACACGUGUGAUCAAUGCGGGAAGAGUUUCACGAAAAGAGGAAACCUUAUUGACCACAUUAAAAUCCACUCUGGAGAGAAAGCGCACGCAUGUGAUCAAUGUGGGAAGAGUUUCACAUUAAGAGGAAACCUGAAAGAUCACAUGAAGAUCCACACAGGAGAGAAAGCACACGCAUGUCUUCAGUGUGGGAGGAGUUUCGCAUAUAAAGCCAACCUUAAAGAUCACAUGAAAAUCCACACUGGAGAGAAGCCGUACACGUGUGAUCAAUGUGGGAAGAGUUUCACACAGGCAAACAAUCUUAAGAUACAUGUUCGCUCUCAUACUGGAGAAAGACCGUAUAACUGUGAUCAGUGCAGCAAAACAUUUGCUGGACCAGAAAACCUGAAGAACCACCUGAAAGUUCACACACAGGAGAAACCUCACGUGUGUUUGUGUGGAAAGAGUUUUCCUCGACUGACUGCUUUAAAGAAACACCAGAAAAGACACAAAGAAGGUUCAUCUGUGCUUUGAGUGUGUUUUUAUUGGGUUUUCAUUUCUUACAGAUGCUAAACUCAGGAUGCGUCUUGAUCAGCUCUCUAGCUUCAGAAGUCAUGGAUCAGUAGGUCAUCUACAUGAACUGGCACUGGUAAGGACGUCCUCAUUGCACAACAUCAAAUCUGGAAUUUCUAAACAACAGCAGAACUAAUAUUGUUCAUAUGUUAAGUUUUAAGAAGUAUAUUAUAGAUAAAUAAUUAGAUUUUCA